GGCGCGGUUCUGGCGCGGUGCCAGAACUUUUGAGCCCCGUUCAUACUUUUAGACCAAAUCUGAGUAGCUUUUUCAAGAGUGUACGGUUUGACGUUUUGAAACGUCACGAUUGAUUUGUUUAUGUUUAGAAUCAAUCGUGACAUCAUCAAAACGUGGUUUCUUUCAACGUUGCCGGUUAGAUUUUCUUUUGUUCGCGGAAGCGCGGUGCGGUUAUUUUCGUGCAAUUGAUUUUUUGGUGGAAAUCGUAGAGACAUUGUGGAAUUGCACACGGAAGAGCACGGGAGCAAGUAUCCGCUAAAUUAGUACGUUCACAUAUGCCCCUGGCCAAGUUGCGCCAGCGGAAUUCGCCGACGGCCGCGUCGAGCCGGAAGUGGCGAGCCGUACCUGCAGGAGUAGCUGUCGAACACGGAAGAGCCGGUCAGAUUUUUUGUUCGCGGAAGUGCGGUGCACCAUUCCGAGCAAGCACCAUUCAGAACAUUGACAAGUUGGAGGAGCCACCCAUGAAGAGGCCAAUUGACCUGAUCGUUCCGCGGCGGCGUGGAAGCUGCGCGACUGCCAUUAACUUGAGCGGUCGCAUGUCUUUCCGGUCGGGACCGAGAAAUCGCGCCAGAGGCAGAGCACCAUUCAGAACAUUAAUAAACAUUCCAACACAUCGAAGAAACGUAUGUCCUUAACGUCCAGCGGCGGCGUAGGAAGCUGCGCGACUACCAUUAACUUGAGCGGUCGCAGGACGUUCCGGUCGGGAACAAGAAAUCGCGCCAGAGGCAGAGCACCAUUCCGAGCAAGCACCAUUCAGAACAUUGACAAGUUGGAGGAGCCACGCUAUGAAGAGUCCAAUUGACCUGAUCGUUCCGCGGCGGCGUGGGAAGCUGCGCGACUACCAUUAACUUGAGCGGUCGCAGGACGUUCCGGUCGGGAACAAGAAAUCGCGCCAGUUGCUAAGUUGCAGGAGUCACGCCAGGAAGAGGCCAAUUCAGAACAUUGCCAAGUUGGAGGCGUUACGCCAGGCAGAGGUUUUGGUGAUCGUUAACGCGAUCCGGCGAAUUGACCUUAACAAUCCGCGACGGCAUGGGAAGCUUCCCAUUAGAAAUCAUUUUGAUUAAUUUCAUAAUUGAAUACUUAAUUUCAUAUUUGUCCAAUUAUAUUAUAAGAAAUAAAACAGAAAAGAAAUAUUGU